AUGGAUGUUUUCUCAUUCGGGGUUGUGUUGCUCGAGCUUAUGUCAGGGAGAGAAGCUAUCGACGAUGAAGGGAAAGUUUUGUGGGCUAAAGUUGGCGAAAUCUUGGAAGGGAGUGAAGAGAGAAAAGUGAAGAAAUUGCAAGAAUGGAUGGAUGAUAGUCUUCUUAGAGAGGAAUGUACAAUGGAGAGUGUUAUGAAUGUAAUGUCUGUGGCCAUUUCUUGUUUGAAUAAAGAUCCUUCAAAAAGGCCAAGUAUGGUGGAAAUUGUCUAUGCCUUGUCUAAAAGUAUUGAUUUGUUUUCUGAUAUAUCAGAGGAGGGAUUAUCUCCAAGGCAAGUCAAAGCAAGCACUAUCAGAAAAAUGCUAUUUUCUGACUACAAAUUACGACUACAAAAUAAUAGUCAUAAUUUUCUGACUAUAGUAGUCGAAAAAUUAUAA